CAAGUUAUUGCGUUUGCGUGUGUGAAUAUUGGGAAUUGGGUGGCCUUAUUACUGAAUGUAUUAUUUUCGGUGAUGAGAAUUGAAAAUUCCCUGUCACCUUGUAGUACUGUAAUCAAGAGAAGAAGGUUAAUGAGUUCUGAUCCCAUGGAGUCUGACCUAGCUAAGGCCAAGCUUGCUGCUGUGGCAGAAAGACUUGGAAGGGAAGUUCGUGUGUUUGAGACAAUGGCUACCUCUAUGUCAGAUAAAGCAUCUACAGAUGAUAUGAAGGAGCCAGGCGAUGACUUCUACGAGUUUACUGCAGAAGACUACUACCGCACUUUGUCUUCGAAGAAGGAUGAUAAAACCAUGAAGACUAGGAAACUCCGAGAAGCAGAGCAGGCUGCCCGCAGAGCAAGAAUAACUAAGGCCAUAAUUAGGAUCCGCUUUCCUGAUAAUUACACACUAGAAGUAAAAUUUCAUCCCUCCGAGACGCUUCAAAGUUUGAUAGAUCUCCUCCAGAAAGUAGUUUCUCGUCCAGAACUUCCGUUUUAUAUAUAUACCACUCCCCCAAAAAAGCAAGUAAAAGACAUGUCUCAAGAUUUCUACUCUGCUGGCUUUGCUCCAGGGGCUAUUGUGUAUUUCUCAUAUGACCUGCCUAUGGGAGAUGAUUCUGCAAAUGCGAACUUGGGAUCAUUCCUUCAGGAUGAUAUUCUUUCUUUGAAUGGCCUAGAUCUCAUUCAGGAGGAGGUCAAGCAGGUGGAGUCUGCACCAGAACCAGUAGUUGAGCAGCCUACACCUAAUGCCCAAGAAGUUACACCUUCUGAAAAGAAACCUAUUAAGCCAAAGUGGUUCAAAAGAUGAUAACAUGGUUACCGAGGUGGGCAUGCCAGAACUGAGACUAGCUUUACCUGUGUAAGAUAAACUUUGCCAACCGAUUGAACCUGCAGUAGUAUGAAAUCUGUCAGCUAUUUGAUCCUAUAUAUUGGCAGCUUGCUAUCUGUUACUUUCUUGGACUUGCACGUCAUAUAUGAAUAUCCUGAGGAUGUGUAUCACUUCUUUGAAGUUUCCAAUUUCUAAUGAAAGUUCUCAUUGUGUUUUGUUCCAUUAUAUCGCAUUUUAAGUGAUAGUUAGAGUUCCCGUUUGAAAUCUAUAAGUUGAUUUCAUUCUGUCGGUCUUCACCAGAUAAUGUCAACCGUUCUGUGCCUAGACGAGAAUAUCUCCUAAUUACUGUGAGAAACAUUAC